AAUAAUAAAAAAAUAUCCUUCACACCUCCUUGCGUACAAUGCAACAGUGCAAUUCCUGCAACAUCGCGCACAAAAUGUGAAAAUUUGAUUUUAUUUCUGUGUACAACGAAAUCGAAUACAACAAAAAACAAAAUCGAAUUUCAUACACCAUUCAACAUGUCGCACACAUCCGAUUGCAGUAUUUUAGAUAAUUUAACAACCUCACAACCGCAGCUGCUAACGCGUUGCAGCAGCACCGACAGUGGCAGUCAACUCGUCCUAAACUGCCAGCGAAAUGGCAGUGCUAAAGGCACAGCUGUUCCCUCCUCGAACAAUGCGCCUUCAGCUGCAGGCGCAGUGCGAAUUUUUGUCGAUGCAGACGGUGGCAUACGCAACACAGGCUUCGUGGACAAUUUUGCGGUACAGCGUCGUCACUCUGAGUAUGUGGAAGCCUACGUGGAUAUGUUGCACGAUGGCAGUAGUAAUGUGAAUGUACGUCGCGCGCGACCAGUAUCCUGUUUUGUGCAAACGAAACUCACCAAGAAUGGCUGUAUCAGUGCUUUACAGCAGCAGCAGCAGCAGCAGCAACGGCAACGGCAACCGCUAAAUUCAGGUCAAUUGCGGCAGGAAUUUGCUGCAACAAUGGCGGCCUGGCUGAAACCAAUGAACUCACAAAGCAAUCUUUGCAAUGGUGGCAUUCCCAGUCAGAAUCAUAUACUCGCAUCGAAAAUAAAAAAUAAUUGCAGUCCAAAUGGCCAGAAGAAGGGCACCGUUACGCUGUCACAUCUGCCACAGCGACCACCUGUCGAUAUUGAAUUCACUGAAAUAUCCUAUUCAGUAUCAGAAGGACGAAGGCGUGGCUUAAAGACUAUACUCAAAAGUGUUUCGGGCAAGUUUCGCAAUGGCGAACUUACUGCCAUUAUGGGACCGUCCGGAGCGGGGAAGAGUACACUUAUGAACAUUUUAGCUGGCUACAAAACAUCCCAGUUGAGUGGUUCGGUUCUGAUUAAUGGCAAAGAGCGCAAUCUGCGUCGCUUCCGCAAACUUUCUUGCUACAUCAUGCAAGACGACAUACUGAUUGCGAAUCUCACGGUACGUGAAUCCAUGAUGAUCUCAGCCAAUCUGAAACUGGGUAAAGAUAUGAAUUUGGCUGCCAAGAGAGUCGUAGUUGAUGAGAUACUUGAAACAAUUGGUCUCAUGGAAUCCUGCAACACGAAGACCUACAAUCUUUCGGGUGGACAACGUAAACGUCUCUCCAUUGCACUCGAGUUGGUCAACAAUCCGCCAGUGAUGUUCUUUGACGAACCCACAUCCGGUUUGGAUAGUUCAACCUGCUUCCAGCUGAUUUCUUUGCUCAAGUCUUUGGCUCGUGGCGGCCGCACUAUCGUUUGCACUAUUCACCAGCCGUCGGCGCGUCUCUUUGAAAAAUUUGAUCACUUGUACAUGCUCGCCGAGGGCCAGUGCAUGUACCAAGGACGCGUGCGAGGUCUGGUGCCAUUUCUCUCGUCGCUCGGCUACGACUGCCCUUCAUAUCACAAUCCGGCCGACUAUGUGCUGGAGGUAGCCUGCGGCGAGUAUGGCGAAGCUGUGCAAAAGCUGGUGGCGGCGGUCAAGGAUGGCAAGUGCAAGAAAUACAGCCAAAAGGACUAUGGAUUGAAUAUGACGGGUGUACGCUGCAUUGCGAAUGAUAUUGCCAAAGGCGAUGGUGCCGAUAAUGGUUGCAAGAAUGUUAAUAGUGCAACAACAACGUCGCUCACGGCGACCACAACACUCACACAUACAGAUGAGAAAUUCCAAAUGGAUGCAUCGGCCAUAGGCUUGGUGGCCAAAUCGGAUUCGAAUGAAUCGACUACAGCCAUGUUACAGUCACAACAGUCACAGCAAUCAGACUGUACCGUUAUAAAUUUAAACAUUCCAAGCAGUAAUAAUGGCAAUGGAAAUUCCAGUACUGGACUGAUCUACAAUGUUCAUGAAGAUAGCUGCAGUCUGAACUCGAAGGGUGGACAAAAUGCCCUCACUGCAGCCGCCGAGAAAGCUGCAGCCGCCGGCUGCACCACUUCGUUGCUGGAUUCGCACGAGAGUGUCGUUACGCUGCCCAACAGCUCUGGCUUCCCCACCAGCGGCUGGACACAAUUCUGGAUACUGUUAAAGCGUUCCUUUGUGACGAUUAUGCGCGAUCGCAUGUUGACGCAUAUGCGUUUAGCCUCGCACGUUAUUGUGGGCGCCAUCAUUGGCAUGAUUUACUAUGAUGUGGGCAAUGAAGCGUCGAAGGUGAUGAGCAAUGCCGGAUGUAUUUUCUUCACAACACUAUUCACAAUGUUUACAGCGAUGAUGCCGACGAUAUUGACUUUUCCCACUGAGAUGUCGGUGUUUGUGCGGGAGCAUCUAAAUUACUGGUACUCGCUGAAGGCGUUCUACUUUGCUAAGACAAUGGCUGAUCUACCCUUUCAGAUCUUCUUCUCCAGUGUCUAUGUGAUUGUUGUCUACUAUUUGACCUCGCAACCUAUGGAAUGGUUACGCAUCUCAAUGUUUGUCUUCAUUUGUGUGCUCACAUCGUUGGUGGCGCAAUCGCUGGGCUUGCUCAUUGGUGCUGGCAUGAAUAUCGAAGCGGGUGUUUUCCUGGGGCCCGUAACUACAAUACCAACCAUACUAUUCUCAGGCUUCUUUGUUAACUUCGACACUAUACCAGGCUAUCUGCAGUGGGUAACCUACGUCAGUUAUGUGCGCUAUGGAUUUGAGGGCGCCAUGGUAUCAAUAUACGGCAUGGAUCGUGCCAAAUUGGAGUGUCAUGAAAUGUAUUGUCACUUCCGUAGUCCAAAGAAGUUCUUGGAAGAGAUGUCUAUGGAUCAGGCCGAGUACUGGAUUGAUGCGGUAGCCUUGCUGGGUACAUUCAUUGCGCUGCGCAUUAUUGCGUACUUUGUGCUGCGCUGGAAGCUGCAUCUGAUACGCUAAGCAGGGCUGAGGCAACAGCCAGCCAGUAGCUAUAAGACGUACUCUGUAAUUAAUAUAUGUAUGUAAAAUGUAUCUAUGUUUAUGUAUUUGUAAGUAGUAGAGAGUCUUCAAGACAGUUCCAAGGGCAUUUCACGCGCCGAUUUCAGUUUAUUUGAAAUCGUACGUUUAAUGUGUUUUCUAUAAUAAAAUUGAUAUUAUUUAGAGAGUCUUGAAUUUAUAGAAAGCUACAAAGACAUGUGUACAUACAUAUGUAUGUAUGUACAUGUUUAAAAAAUAUAGAAUUUUUACGCAUAUUCAACUUGUAAUUAAAUAUAAAUUACUUACAAGUAAUUAACUUACAUAUAUAUGUAACUUUGUAUAUUAUUAAGAAACCUGUUUGCAAAUGUGCUUUAGUUUUCAUUCUAUUUUACUUUUUGUUAAACCCAGAGACUUUUUUGUAUGGAAAAAUGUUGGUAAAAUUAUUAUAUUAGCGCGUAAAUAGCUUGAAAUAUUAUACACAUCAUAGAUGAAAUAAAACUUUAAAUAAAACAUCCAAGAUAUAAAUACAAAUCAUGCAUAGCAAACUUAUUAUCCAAUGAAGAUAGCACUUAAAUCAGAGGAUCCCAAAAUUUUUUCCAGUUGACCAAUUUCAAAAUUUUAAUGGUUCGUAAACCGGAGAUGGACAUCGCCUUGCCCGCAGGCAAAGCUCUUUUAAGCUUUCUAUGUAUUUUGUAUAGAGGCAUGCAGAGUAAGG